UCACGUNGUGUGCCAUCCUACUAUCCUACCCAUGUAUGAUGAGCUCAAAGACCGCUCACGCCGAAAGAUGCAGAAUGUGGCCAACGUUUCCUUCCUGGCCAUGUUCAUCAUGUACCUGCUGGCCGCCCUCUUUGGAUACCUCACCUUCAACAUCCAUGUGGGACCUGAGCUGCUCCACACCUACUCAAACUACUUCAAGUACGAUAUUCUCCUGCUGGUUGUUCGCCUGGCUGUGCUGGCCGCUGUCACACUCUCAGUUCCUGUGGUGCUCUUCCCUAUUCGUACCUCAGUCGGCCACCUGCUGUUCCCAGGAAAAGACUUCAGCUGGAUCCGUCACGCUAUCAUCCCCCUGACCCUGCUAACAGGAACCAACAUUCUGGUCAUCUUUGUCCCGAGCAUCAGAGAUAUUUUUGGCUUUAUUGGUGCCUCUGCUGCUGCAAUGCUGAUCUUCAUCCUGCCCUCAGCUUUCUAUAUCAAACUGGUUAAGAAGGAGUCAAUGAAAUCCAUAAAGAAGAUUGGGGCUAUGAUGUUCCUGAUAUUAGGAUUUGUUGUCAUGAUUGGCUGCAUGUCUCUUAUCAUCUACGACUGGAUCGUGAACUCUAUGAAAGACAAAGGUCACUGAAGCUCCAGCUCUUCUGCUGGCGGAGGGGGAAGCUUUCAGAGUCGGACUGCAACAAACACACAGCCAACAAAACCAGUGUGACGAACAAAACAAACCACAAAGACUCACUUGAUGCUCGGCUCUGGCUUUCUGAGCAAUGGACCGUACCAUUCCAAGAGAAUGUAUCUGAACUCUGUACAUUUUGCUGUUCUAGACCACAAAGAUGGCGUUUCCCUCUUUUUAUCGUAACUUUUGAAAUAGUCUUUUGCUUUUUACUUUUUUUCUGUUUCAUUAUUGUGGUACAGCUGUAAACAAAAAGGCCUCACAACACAGACUGAAAAUUUGUAGAGUUUCAAACACAGCUUCCUCUCAGGUACAGUGUUAUUUGUGGGAGAGUGUAGCUGUGAACUCUGACCUCAGAGAGAACAUCCUUCUUAACGAAGUACGUGAAUCUCCCAAAAACUGAAACGAAGCCACGGGACUUGAAACUUCACGGACAAUUUAGUUUCCUUCGACCUUCGCUUUCUUUUUUUGUUCAACUUUACCAAAAACGUGUCUGAAGCUUCUUUGUAUAUUCAAAAGCACUUAUAGCUGAGGCCAUUUGUCAGUUUUCACCUAAACGGCACCUUGUUCAGUAUUUCUAAGGUCCUUUGAUUUCGCUCAUAGUGUCAGCUAGCGAAUCUGUGAACAGAACCAGACACUGGGAGGUCUGCAAUAGAUCUUGUUUGAUGGGCGUGUGCAGCAACGACACUACUGCUUCGGGAAGGCCGCCAAGCCUUCCGUUUCCAUCCAGCCCCCCCAACUCCUGAGCAGGGGCCACGGAGGGAAACCUAGAAUGUUUUUUUUCUUUAUGGGAGAAUGCUUUGAAUUUGACCACAUACAGUGGUUGUAAUAAUAUACUUGUUACACUUGUUAAACCGCAACAGCUUCAGCCGUACGAAGUCAGGUGCACUCCUAAACACCAAGAAAAUACCCAGAAUUCUUCAGUGUUCAGUGUCAUAGCACAAUUCAGUGUUUUACAAUGAAGAACAAUGGCAAACCAGCAUGGAUCCAAUUCCCAACCGAGUCAAGAACCGUUCAUCAGAGAGUGCUCUGUGCUUCCAACACUAAAACAUCGAGAAAAACUGUGUCAUCUAUUUAUGGAAGGCUGUUAAAGAAAUGUAAUUUAAACUAUUUUUAAUAUAUUUAUACAAUGUUAUAUGUACAUAUGUAUGUGAAUGUAUAUAUAUAUCUUUUUGUUUUUAAAGAUUUUUGUUUGAACAAUUUCAUGGAGCUCAAAAACCAAAUCAGGUCAUAUUGUGAAGAGUUUGUUCAGAACCACAGAGCUUUAUCUGUUCAUUUCUUUAGAAACACUGAAUAUUCAUCCUGGAUGGAUUCAGAGGUUAAAGGUCACGAGUGGAGCCACUUUAAAAAAGUUUAAGCCCCUGAAGACAGACACAAAUCAGCAGUUUUCUUUGGUCAAACACAGAAAGGACCCUGCCUGUCAGUGCUACACUCUUGUUUCAAUGAAACACUAUGUACAUGAUGUAAAUAAUGUCCCAAUAAAAUGAACUAUGACCUUAAACCUUGA